GGGCGGGUUGAGGGGUGUGUUGAGGCUUACGGGUUUAAUGGCACCGAAACGUGGGCGUAUUGGCUGGAUGGAGCAGUAUAAGUGUUACCUGAUGGGGGCGCGGACGUCAAGAAAACUCGGGGCGUUUUAGUCGGAAAAAGUCUUCCGAGUGAGCUGGGAGAAGAGCGCCGUGCCCAGUAAAGAGCUCCAAGCCACAUCUCGGAAGCCUUCGAGUCCACCGGAUCCACGCGUGUCUCAUCCACUCCUGCCGCGCCGAAGGAGGCUCUCACGCCGACAGUUUGUCGCUCCCACCUACGAGCACCAAGCUCGAGAUAUGGGGUGCAGGCUCCCGAAGUUGCGUAAAGCUGAAGAGACGCAAAGCCCCGGCAACAUCUACUCCACACUGCGAAGGCCUCAGGUGGAGACCAAAGUGGGAGUGUCCUACACGUACCACUUCCUGGAUUUUCUUUUGGGGAAAGAAGAGGUACCAGUGUCAUCUGUGCUCUGCCUGUCUUCAGUCCGAGAACUUCCCGUGCAGGUCAGAGAGCUCUACACGCAAGGUUUCGUCCUGGUUUCUGUCCACCCGUUUGUACACCCUUGCGGCCCUCAUCACGCCCACAUCCAACGGCAGCUCCACCGGGCCGUGCUGGUGCGAGAAACCCCAAGUUGGGAGAAAAGCCAGGAAAACAAAUGGUGGAGGCAUCGUCUGGAAACAGACGUGUGCGCCGCCGGUCAUCAGGCGGCUGACCCGGAGGUGAUUCAGAACUACGUCAAGAGGAUCCAGGAUGUAGCAGAGCAAGGAGUGAUGUUUUUGGGCUUUCUCCAGCAGCCGGGAGGGGCCCCCUGCUUCACGGCUAACUGGGACCCCGAUGAGUUGUCGUCCUUGCACUCCAGCCCCUCUCCCAUUCACCGACACCCCCCCAGCGCUAAAUCCAGCCCAACGGAUCCUUCAGACUCGCGCCGUGAUGACUCGGUGCCGGGGGGCCUCCCCUUUGAACCUCGAGAGCUCCCUCAUGAAAGUGUGGAACAUACGACGCGGGAUCACAAGCCCUCACUGAGUUCAGAAGCAGAUUUCCCUUCAGAAGUCAACCGAAAGGGAUCUAACGAAUGGAUUCGGAUCCCCCUCAGAGAGUCACUUGCCGCAACGAGCCAACCUUCGUAUCGCAGAGACUCCUCCGUUCACCAAGAAAGGCCGCCCAGUUCGGAAAGGCUGAGUACAAACGGACAAGAGGAGUGUCGUCCACCGGACCCUCGAGAAUCCCCCGAGAGGCAUUCCAAACCUUCAGGUCGGCCAGACCGAAAAGAAACCGCCUCAGACCUUACUUGGAACAACAACCACAUUUGUGUGAAGAACUCUGAGACAGGAAAGGAUGUACCAGCACAGGCUCGGCUCCAACUGUUUGCCUUAUACAACUCCACGGGGGAACUCAACACAUCCUUGAGGUUCUACUCGCUUCGGGUGCCCUUGCGCGUUCAAAAGGAGGCGGGGCUCGUGACAGAAGUCGACGGCGAUUGGCUCGACCACAUGACUCAGCAUUUUACCAAUGGCGCGCAGCUCGUUGAUGGCUUUUUCCACCUCAGAGACGAGAACGAGAAUGGCGUUUCAUCUGUAGACAGUGUGUUUAUUUUCCACAACUCGACAGAGGAGACCACAAGCACGUCCUACGAUGCCAUUGUGGUCGAGCAGUGGACUGUCAUCAAUGGUGUGGUGGUGAAGGCAGACUACGUCCCGCUGCUGCAGUCCCUUGCUCCCUAUGGAUGGAGGCUCAUGUGUGUCUUACCCACACCCAUCGUCAAGACCAACAGCUCUCGGUGGGGGUUGUCGACUAAGCAAAUCCUCUUCCUUCAGAGACCUGUUUUGCAGCGCAAGAGAAAAGACUUCAAGAUGCUCGCCCUCCGAGGUCGCCACAAGACAAAAAAACACUCAUGUGGAGAGAUGCUUGAGGAGGGCGAGGACAGGUCCCUGGUCUCGGAGACAGAGAUGGGCAAGUUGAGACACAUAAAAGAGGACGAUGUCGAGCUCGGGAGGAGCUGGGCCGGAGGAAGGACGGAAGGAUGGCGCGAGGAGGACGCACAUCAAAAGGACCUCUCCAUCCUCUCGGGCAGCCUGGCGUCUGUUGAAGGUGAGGAAGAGGAGACGGAUAUUGACAGUAUUCUAACAUCCAAGCGGGAAAAGUCGGUGAGGUGGACAGACGUGUGUCACAGGGACGGCGGAGGAGUGAAAGAGGAGGUAAAGUCAGACGAGCUGAUCAAACAUCAACUCUUUUCCGGUGUCUGUUGAUGCAUUUGCCACAAACGGGCAGCCCAAAAGUGAUUCCAAUUGCUGCCCCCCCCCAAAAAAAAAAUCAAGUGAAUACCACCAUAACUAUAGAAACCAUGAAAACUGUACAAAAAUAUUAGGAUCCAAUAGCACGCAACUAUGGUACGUAGUACAUCAUCUGGAGCAGCAGUUUGGAAAUCAAUUAUUUAUCUAGCUGUAGUCAUAAUCAGACAAAAACAUUUCAUAAAUCUGAAUUCGUGUUGUGUACUUGGCUGCUUUUUCGGGGUCACUGUUGCUUCUUGAUGUCCUUUUAAGAUACGAGGUCAACAUAGCCAAGCUUUUUUCGUCCGUUCUGUUGCCUAGUUUGCAACUUAAAUAUUUGAGACUCUGUUCCACAAGGAUAUGUCACUGCGAGGAUUGUUGGAUGUAAAUCAGUCUACUUUAUAUACUGCGACACUUGAGGUCACAUGACCCAAAGUGAGAGACAAAAUACUUUACCUUGUAUUGUGAUUGAACUCGUGUGAAGCGUUUUGAGGGAACUCACAUCCAUGCCAACGUAGAGAAUUCUUCUCACGGCAUUUUAUUAGGGUUUAAGUAUUUGACAUUUUUGCAAGCACAGUGUAAUCUUUCGGUUACCAGGAGAUGCCAAAGCUGUUCAGAGAACAGUUAUUUCUCGAAAUGUUCUUUUCCAUCUCAACUUUUUAUUUCAGCGGCCGAUAAAUCAGAUGUGGCCACUGAUAUAAAUAAUUCGGCACCACAGCUUAAGGAGAUGUGUAUAUUUACUAGACCAGCUGCUUUCAGUAGACUUCUGGAAUUUAAAUAAGAGCUGGAUCCAGAAAAUAAAAAUUAAAAAAAAUAGCUCUUGCAAUGGCUCUCACUCAAAUGUGCAAGUGUACCUGUUGUCAUCAUGGCAGUUGAGUGUAUUUGGGUAAAUGGACUCUGUAAAAUAGGAAUUGUGUACACUGUUAUUUAUUUCUGAUUUUCUUCACCACGUGUGCUGUGUUCAACAUGUAUUUACAUAAAAGCUGAAGUGAA